CUGGCCGGUCCUGGAGCGGCGACGGCGACUGUUUCCGGGCUCUGUGUCCAGGGAGACGGGAACCGGCGGGGGAAGCGAGCCGGACGGGGACUCUCAGGCCGUCAGUAAUUCAGUGGCUCCCAUGAACGUGCAGCGGCGGAGUGAGGCCAGGGAGGCGAGCCCGGUGUUGAGCCGGGCGCCGGCUGGGAGACCUCGGGCUGUUAGUGUCGGUCCGGGUCCGGGCCUCGGCGCCCUGCUAAUGCAGCAGCCGCUGUCCCGACAGCAGCUGAAGCGGCUGGAGGAGCACCGGUACCGGAGCGCCGGCGCCUCGCUGCUAGAGCCGUUAAUGCAGGUGUGGUGGGAGUGGUUGGUUAGCCGUCUCCCGCUCUGGAUGGCGCCUAACGCUAUCACCGUCACCGGGCUGGCUCUCAACGUGUGUACCACCCUCAUCCUUAUCCUGUACUGCCCGACGGCCACCGAGCAGGCACCUCUGUGGGCGUACCUGGCCUGUGCUCUAGGUCUGUUUGUGUACCAGACACUCGACGCCAUUGAUGGGAAGCAGGCAAGGCGAACAAACAGUAGCAGUCCUCUCGGAGAGCUGUUUGACCAUGGCUGCGAUUCACUCUCCACAGUCUUCGUCGUCCUCGGGAUAUGUAUAGCUGUGCAGCUGGGCACCAACCCAGACUGGAUGUUCUUCUGCUGUUUCGCCGGCGUGUUCAUGUUCUACUGCGCUCACUGGCAGACAUACGUCUCCGGGACGCUGCGUUUCGGCAUAAUUGAUGUGACUGAAGUGCAAAUCUUCAUAAUUGUCCUGUUUUUAUUGGCCGCCAGCGGAGGAACAGCAUUUUGGGAAUCGAUGAUACCAGUGCUGGACAUUCAAGUUAAAAUCGUGCCCGCCCUCUUCGUAGUGGCAGGUGCCAUCUUCUCUUGCACCAACUACUUCACUGUCAUCUUCACCGGCGGUGUUGGGAAGAACGGCUCCACCAUUGCGGAUACGAGCGUACUGUCCCCAUUCCUGCACAUUGGGGCAGUGAUAACCCUGGCGUUGAUGAUCUACAAGAAAUCGACCAGCCGGCUCUUUGAGAACAACCCCUGCCUCUACAUCCUCGCAUUUGGUUUUGUCUCGGCCAAAAUAACCAAUAAAUUAGUGGUGGCUCACAUGACGAAGAGUGAAAUGCAUUUGCAGGACACUGCCUUCGUUGGCCCAGGGCUGCUCUUCCUAGACCAGUACUUCAACAGUUUUAUCAGCGAGUAUUUGGUGCUCUGGAUUGCUUUGGUGUGGUCUCUCUUUGACCUAAUCCGUUACUCGGUGGGUGUCUGCAAUCAGAUUGCCUCUCAUCUCCACAUUAACAUCUUCAAAAUCAACUCCAUCUCCUCCUCGCCAGUCAGCUCCCAGGAGCGAAACCAUCACGAGUGACUUAACCACUGUGCUUGCUGAAGCGACCCCAGGACAUGACUGAGGAAAUGUAUAUAGAGAAAAACAUCAGAAUGGAAGAAGUGAACAAAUUAUUAAUUUAUGGUUCAAUCAUUGUGUGCACUUUUUGUUUUUAUUUAAGCCUCAGUUUCUGAAUGAAGUCUAACUAGCACUCCUAAAUAGGCGGACUGUGGAAAGAGCUGGCUUGCUGCUGCAUGCAUGACUCCCUGUAACGUGGGCAGGUCAGGAAGGGACCUGGUCUCAUACAGGAUGUAGAAGAGCACAUGGGGUUUUGCUCAAUCUUUUCCCACCUACUUGGCCGACUUUCCAUUAUGCGUGGGCUUAUGCGUGAACUUAAUUGAAGUCACUACUGUCUUGUGGAAGUCAGAUGAGCCAUAUUGCAGGUAAGGACUGCGAGUGAGGGAAUGGGGUUCCUUGUGCCAAGUGACAUCCUUGCUCCUGAGGUGAGUGAACUACAGACAGUACUUUACAAGAAAGCAAAUUGUUUUGGCCAUGUGAUCUGGAGAGUUUCCUUAAAAUUUAAAGAGAAAUGUCAGAAAAGACUGUACCUCCUGUGGGUUAAAGUUUUGCAAUGCACUAUUUUGUAAUAUGUGUCCUAAUUACACCAGUAAUGCUGUAUCAGAUUCUGGUAUUAACUGCUGAACCGUAUGAAAGUGUGUAAUUAAAGGGGCCUUGUGUGUACUGUACUGGACUGCCAGUUUUAGGUUCAGUGUCAUGUGACUGUUUAGUGUGCAAUGCUUUGUCUUUUUUUACACGUCAACAUGUAAAGGAGUAAAUAGCCACAAAAGUGCUUUCACUUUCGAAAAAUAAAAGUCACCCCACAAGAGCGAGGCUGCAGCUUCCUGACUUACUCAGAAUGCCAUUUCCUGUGAAUCAUUAACUUUCCAAACUAGCCUUCACCUUGUGCCGUCACCAAGAGGAACAAGACAGUAAUCUUCACAGAGGGUCCUGCCCUGAACAGCUUCUCUUUAGGGGAAUUCUUCAAACGAAUCAAGUCACUUCACAGGACAUCAAACUAAGAAAGGCUGUUUCUCUUGGUCUGAAAUCCUGUGAAGUGACUUCAUGCAGAAUGAUUUAUUGGCCUAAAUAGUACUGGAAAUGUGCACAGUAUCCUCAGUGCCUAGAGUUGUAGGCAAAGAGAAUUACUUGCUGGACAGGUGCUGGAUUUGACCCGAUUCCUUGCACCUGCUUACUGCCCGUCAAGUAAUAGCGUACUUCAUACUGAAGUGCUCUUUCCUCCAUGUGGGUAAUGAGUCAGUACCUUUCUAUAAUAAAAUGAUCUCCACAAUGAGGGUGUAGUUCAUCUCCUGUUGCAGAAUAUAGUCUGCCUCCCAAGCCUGGGUGGGUCCAUGUUUACACCACAGCUGAGAACAAGCCUGGCCUUCAACUAUUUUGGUAGUUGUCCAGUUUCAGACGGCUCACUCAUACCUACACUGCUGUGAGUAAUACAUAUUUUUUCCAUUCUGAAAUAGACGCUGAAUUUAAUAUAGGAUUUUAGAUGGAUCACAUGGUUUCUUAGUUUCAGGACACACUGCACAAUGGCUUGGUUAACUUUUCUAACUUUGAGUAUUUCCAGUUAUUUAGCUGAGUGGUUCAUGGAGAGGCGACUCAGAUGGAUUUGUGUUGUACAUCAGAGAUCAAUACCCUAUGUCCUCCUUUGGCUGUUGGCUGUGGAAAAAAAGAGCAGAAUGUGACCUGAUUAUUGUUGCGUUUUGUACAUAGUUUCAGUGCAACAGUUGGUAACUGUAUCUUCAUUGGCAUCUACUAACAAUUCCAAUCUUCUCUGGUGCUUGAGGGUCUGGGGUACCACUAUGAUCAGACGUGGUGGCUUAGUACUUAAUCUAGCCUGCUUCUGUUUCCUGUAGCAGAGGAUUGCGGCUGUAAUCUGUUCCUGUGCAUAUGUAACAACUUUUCCUGAGAGAUACACUGCUAAAUGUCAUUUUACGUAGUUUCUUCUAGAAAAUGCAGACAGGACGAUCAAAAUAGCAAUAGAUGGAAUCAAAAUUUUCACCUCUUGUACUGGCGACUUACAAGUCUGAAUAUCAGAUAGUAACAAGGGCCCAUUUCCCCAUCAAAUUUGAACUGUUAGGAUGCUGGCUUUGCCAGUAAUAACAGACAGCUUUUUUUUUGCAUUAUGUAAUUAUUUUAGUAAAUAUACACCAUAAGUUUUGGUCCAAUUUUUUUUUGGCAUACAAAGCUCCUGGUAUUAUGGAUAAUACAGGGUUUGUAGAUGAGUACUGUAUUGAUCUUUGAAGUGAACUCUUGAGUCUGAAGCAAAUUUUAAAUAACAUUAAAUGAUUAAAGACACAUCAGAUCUCUGAAAAAUUGUUUCAAAAUGAUUUUGCAUCCUGAACAGUGGGGAAAGAAGGCUGUUGAGUACUCAAAGCCCUUUCACACAUGAAAAUUCCCAAACUAUGGAGCAAUCUGGAACUACUUGUACUCAUAGCACUGAAGCCAUAUAGUGUUUGUUAUCAUCAGUCUGUUGCAACAAGUAUUACAAAUGGAUCUGUGGCAGUAUUUCUCAAGCGUAUGGAUCGGAAUGGGUGUGGGGAUUGUGGAUAUGGGCGUUUGCUCACAUUUUGUGCACUGAGAACAUUUCAGAAGGGUUCUCUUUGUCCGCAGUGAAAGUGAGAUGUGGACCUCACUAGCCCACCAUCUCUAAACACAUUUCCAAAUGCUAGACAUGGUUAACGGAAUGAUCUAAAGCAUCUGUUGACUUUGCCCCUUUUUCUUGGGCCCCUGUUUCUGAAAAAGUUGUAACUGUAAAAUUCCAUGAAUAGCUGGAAUAAUCUGCUGUUUGGGACAGGUAAUCUAGUCAACAUAUUUUCUUAUUCAGCACCCCCAUUCACCUGGAGCAACAGGAUCUAAUGGCAAUAUAAUUGUUUUGCACAAACCUUGGUUGUUUAUGAGAAUACAUAAAGCUUCACCUAAUUUUGCCUUUAGUGGACUGAGCCUCUUGAUUUUAUUCUUGUAACCUUUCUAAAUAAGUGCUGAUGUAA